GUAACAAUGUCGAGGACCUAUUUGCCUAUUAGCCAAAUCACUGAUGAGACGCGGAACUGGACUGCGCUUAUUCAAGUAGUUGAGAGGGCACCUAUUCAAACAAGCAAAAGUGAUUCACACGUGCCCUAUCGAAGAUACUUAUUCACAGAUGGAGAGGGUACCAAAGUAGCUGCUGUAGUCUACAAAGCAGCCAUAGAAGAGUUCGAUGGUCUGUUACUUCCCUACAAGCGAUACUACCUUACUGGAGCAAAAGUGCGACCAGAAACCCCGCUGUACCAGGUUGGCCCUUAUGAAUUUAAUUGGCUCCUGCAUAAAAAAACUUUGGUAGAGGAGUUCCAGGAAGAAAUGCCCCCUCAGUUGCCAUGCCAGAUUGAAAUUCAUACGUUUGCAGACUUGCACAAAUACGCAGAUACAGAGAACCCCAGAAACCUGCUUGGUGUUGUUGUGCAUGCUUUUCCGGUCAAAAGCGUGGGACAAAAAAAUACGGCCCGAGAGUUGGUGAUUAUUAAUGAAGAGGAAAAGCCUGUCCUUUUGACUCUUUGGAAUCAAUUUGAAACGGAAGAUGAUGUUGGUCAACACUUGGCCAAUACAGUACUAGCUGGGAACAUCAUUUUGUCCAUGAGGAUAAGGGUUACGACGUUCAAUGGGCUGUCGUUAUCAACUAAAACUGGAACUUGCUUAAUGAUAAAUCCACCAAUAGUAGCUGCUGACAGAUUGAAGCAAUGGUACGCUGACAACAAAGCAACUGUUAUGAAGCUUGUGGAGGAAGGCAUGUAUAAGGACACAGACAAGUUGUUUCCAUACCCAUCUUCCAGUGAGAUAGUCACCGUUCAACGNUCAGAUACGUGCCGGUUACCGAUUGCAAUUGAAGAUGAGACAGGAAACAUACAUGCAAUGUUGUAUGAUUCAGAUGCUGAACAAGUGAUUCCAUUUAAUGGGACCGACUUAUAUCAAGCUGAACAACAGAAAGUGGAUUUGACUGCUCAGAUUGCAGCAGCAAUGAGCGGACGUCGUGUGGUUUGCUUCAUCAAACACUAUGAAUCAACUCACCAUACUGUCCUGAAGCUCUAUACAAUUGAUGGCGUGCGAACAGACAAAAAUCUGCUUCAGCCUAGAGAGCUAGCAAAGGAAGAGUCAGACUCAGCUUCAACCAAGGUA